AUGCCACUGAACGCCAAAGCCGUUUACUCUCGCGGAAAUGCGGAUUACGUCCCAUUCCCCAGCCGACGAAGUACCGUUCACAGCACGAAGGGUAUUGUGUCAUGCUCGCAGCCAUUGGCUGCCGCCGCCGGUCAUCGGAUCCUGAGUCAAGGUGGAAAUGCUGCUGAUGCCGCAGUUGCCGUAGCCGCUGGACUGAACAUGACCGAGCCUUGCUCUACUGGCAUUGGAGGUGAUAUGUUCUGUCUUUUCUAUAAUGCCAAAACCAAGAAGGUGCAUGCCCUGAACGGUUCGGGUCGGUAUCCCGGAGAAGCAACGCUGAAUAAGGUACGCGAGGAUUUGGGGCUUGCUCCUGGUGCAUCGGGAAACAUGCCUAUGAUGAAUGCCUUGGCCGCUACUACGCCUGGUGCGGCCGCUGGGUGGGUCGAUACUAUUGAGAAGUUUGGUAGCGGCAAGCUCUCCCUAGAACAAGUUCUACAGCCUGCUAUUGAGCUAGGUGAGGAGGGCUUCCCUGUGUCCGAACUCUCCUCGCACGGCUGGGUUGGGGCUGAAGAAGACAUCCGCAAUGCAUCUCCCAACUUCCGAGAGAUGCUCAAGGUUGACCCUUCCGCAAAAGACGGUGUGCGCAGCCCUCUUCCGGGUGAGAUUAUGAAGAAUCCCACCCUGGCAAAAACAUUCCGUGUUUUGGCUGCCGAGGGCAAGAAAGGAUUUUACGAGGGCCGAGUUGCUGAGCAGAUCGUCAAAGUAGUACAGGAUCUAGGUGGCUACAUGACACUCGAGGAUCUUGCCUAUCACUCCAAAGUAGGAACCCAAGAGGUUGAUGCAAUCUCACUUGAUUUUACUGGCCAGGAUAUCGUCUCCAAGGCAACACCUGGUACAGACGGCGAGGCCAACCAGGGUGUCACAAUUUGGGAGCACCCGCCAAACGGACAGGGAAUUGUGGCACUCAUUGCACUCGGUAUCAUGGAGGAACUUGAAAAGGCAGGCAAGAUCCCCAAGUUCACCGAAGCUCAGCACAACUCGGCAGAGUAUCUGCACGCCGUGAUUGAGAGUCUGCGGAUUGCCUUUGCCGAUGCGGCCUGGUGGGUGACAGACCCAGAUGUAGAGCGCGUGCCUUCACAAGGUCUGCUCGCACGUGAAUACCUUGCCGAAAGAGCGAAGCUCUUCCAGCCAGACCGCGCCGCAGAUAUUAUGGACCAUGGCAGCCCCGCUCACAACCACUGCGAUACCGUUUACUUCGCCGUGACAGACAGUGAGGGUAAUGGAAUCUCCUUUAUUAACAGUAACUAUGCUGGCUUCGGUACAGCCAUCAUCCCCGCAGGUUGUGGCUUUACUCUGCAAAAUCGCGGUGCCAACUUCUCGCUACAAGAGGGACAUCCAAAUGCCCUUGCACCUCGCAAGCGCCCUUAUCACACAAUCAUUCCCGCCCUGAUAACCAAUAUUUCAGAUGGUUCUUUGCACUCUGUUUAUGGUGUUAUGGGUGGAUUCAUGCAGCCUCAGGGCCAUGUGCAAGUCAUGCUGAAUAUGCUUGCCUUUGGAUACCACCCUCAGGCUGCACUGGACUCGCCUCGCUUCUGUCUUGCUGCCCCGACAGACGAGAGUACUGACCGCACCGUAUGGGUGGAGGAGGGUAUUAGCAAUGAGGCUGUGGAGGGUCUGCGUCGCCUUGGUCACAAGAUUCAGAUUCUCACUGGCUGGGAGCGUGCUGCGUUUGGUCGGGGGCAGAUCAUUCGCUCGUACUAUGAUGAUGGCAAGCUUGUUUAUGGCGCUGGCAGUGAUAUGAGAGGUGAUGGAAUGGCGUACCCUUUACUUUGA